GAAACAUGGACGUCACUGAUCGGAAGAAGUUAAAUAUGUCGGCUUCUCUCUGAGGCAGCUCCAUGUAUUGCCAGCAUGUGGCAGUAGUGAUCCUGAAAACGGAUCCACCAGAUGGGAACGGAGCAGAGCCAGAAGGCGUGGAGCUCUUCUGGUGAAACGUUGAUUUUUGCAGCUGAGAUGAAGGCUGUUUACCCUGCAGAACCGCUCCAUCAUGGCUCUGACGGCUGCUCUCUCCCUCCUGACUCUCCUGGCGCUGCCGGUCGUGGCUCAGGACGUUACUUACUUUGAGAUUGGCGGGAAUCUGGAUCUCAACCCAGCGUUCUCUGGUGAGAUCACCAGCAUCACCUGGAAGUAUAAAGGGAACAUUGUCGCUGAAUACAUUAAGGAUUCGGUUCCUCUGGAAUAUCUGGGUGACUUAAAAGGCCGAACAAACGUGAAUCUGACCACCGGAGUACUGACCAUCAGCAACAUGAGUCAAUCUGACGGCGGGCUGUUCACGGUGGAGAUCAACAACAGGGUCCUUCCUGUCAGCUAUAACGCUGUGGGGGUCAGGAAGCUGGACGACUACCCUGUUGAAGUCAUCAUGAGGCCUCUGACGUGCCAUCGCAGUUCCACUGAAUGCACCCUGACUUGUUGGGUCGACUUAAACGAAGCCGAACCCGUCCAGUACUUCUGGAAGAAAGGAGAAGCUGGAGAGUGGGAGGAGGGGGAAAAGGUGAUCACCAUUUCUCAAGAGACUUGGAGCUUUCAAACCAUCACCUGCAAAGUGAAGAACCCAUUCAGUGAGAAGGACAGCGACCCGGCAGUGAACCCCUUCUACAGGAAAUCCUCCUCCUUUCUCAGACUUUUGGUCAAUUCUUUCUCAAAUGUUUCAGACUGAGGAUCACUUAACCCAUUAACCAUCACUCACCGAACAUGAAACUCCAAUAACACAACAUCUUUAUAUAUACAACCUGGAAUGAAAAUAUUAAUCUCUCAUCCCAGUUAUUGUUGCUUUCUUUGUUCAUCCCCAGGUGUGAAGCUUUGUAAAUGUGACUGACCAGAACGAAACCAUGAACGAGUCUGGGACGUUUUCUGAUUCUAAGCUUUUCAAAGAUGGAAAACACAUGAAAGUCAAAGUGAGCUGUUCUUUACUACAAGUGUUAUGUGCAUUUGUGAUUUAGAAACAUAAAGAAAUGGACUUGAGUUGCUUUGGAGGAAACUCUCAUUUUCUUUCAGCCCAAAGAAAGUUCGGCAUGGAUAAUAUUUCUAUUUUUGGUGUUAAGAUGAAGUUGGUCCGCGCAGCCGCAGGUCCAGAACAGGUGUUCUAACUUUCUGUGCUACCCAUGAAUCUGCGUGCCGGUGGCUAACAUUUAACAUCAGUUUCCCCUUCUAACAUAAAUUAUUCAUGUGUUUAUUUCCCCUUUUUACUGAUUUAUUUUUACACAUAAGGUUUAAUGUUAAUCAAAAGUACUUUCCUCCUAUCAUGCUUUACUUUGCAUGUUUCUAAAUACAAAUGCCUUUACUUUCUGCAUGUCUUUAAGAUAUAUUCAAAUAACAUGUACAGCGUCAUUAUGUAGCAUGCACUAUAUCAUAAUUAAACGGCAAAUGAAAUCAAA